AUGGAUAACGAAGAAAAGUUCAGCGAAGCGCGCGAAAUUAAUAAUUGUCAGAAAGACUUUUUAUGUGUUCGCAAACCAAUUCACACUGACUUGGAGGCUUUGGAUUUUCAAGAAGCUUUGAGAAAUUAUGAAGCAAUGAAGCACCACAGAAAUUCAUUCGCGUUAAGUAAAAUAAAACAAGCGAGUGAAGAUUUCGGCGAACACAAAACAACGCACAAAACGGACAGAAAGCAAUACUAA